AUGGUGGGUGAUGGCUCCUUGGAGGCGGCGGCGAUGGCGGCUCACCUUCAAUUUCAUACUUCCAGUUUUAAUCUCAAGCUUCUCUCUCCACUCAUUCAUUUCAACGAUCAGUACAAGAAAGCGUUAGAAGAAGACCCUUCCGUAUUUGAUUAUGAUGGUGUUUAUGAUGAUAUAAAAUCGAAAAUGGUUCAGUCGAAAGCCGAAGAUAGACAGCAACGCCAGUCUGCAUAUAAAGCUUUCUCAAACAAGGAUUUCAGCAGGGAUAUUCGGAGCAUGCCAGCUGACUUUCAGAAACGAAGAGAGCUGCUAGCUGACAGUGGUUUGGAAACUCUCUCUUACUCAACGGAACUCCGCGUUAAAGAAGAAAAUAUCGAGUGGACUGAGACGAUGUCUCGGAGCUUUAAGUUGAUGGACAGCGAGGUAGGAGAGAGAACAAAGAACAACACCGGCCCUACGACGUCAACGAGUUGUCGUUGUGAGUUGCAAACACCUCAGUGCGACGCCGUGGGAUCUACCACCGUUGUCUCUGUUGUAACCCCAGAGAAAAUCGUCGUAUCUAAUAGCGGCGAUUCACGCGAUGUCCUUUGCCGUAAAGGCGUCGCAAUUCCUCUAUCUUCCAAUCAUAAGGUCGAAGUUGAAGGAUGA